AGAUGAAUGAUUAAUGGGACCGGGCAUGCCAUGAUAACCUAAAGUGGGAGUGUCACAUUUCUCACUUAAAAAUAAAAAAGAAGAAACAAGGAAUAUUUAGUUUGAUCUUCUAAAGUUCUUUCCAGGCGUAUUAUAGCCACUACUACCCUUUAAUCCUUCAUCAUCAAAUUCAUUUAAAUUUUCUUUCUCUCUCUCUUCAUUCCAUAAGUACAUGCAAAAUGAAUAAGGAAAUUAGUUGCAAUUAAUCAGCAAUGAAGUCUCCUCCCAAAUCUCAGAGCCCUCCUCACCAAUACCCUCAAGAAAUCCAGCUUAAGCUAUAUCAAGCUUUUAUAUUUUCAAUUCCAAUCCUUUUCUCAAUCAUUUUAUUUCUCUUAUUCUACCUUUUUUACCUCAAGAGAAGAGCAAACUCCACUUCCUCCGCCGCCGCACCUCCUCUUCUCCCCACCGCCGCCGCGGAUGCUACUGCGCCGUUGGAUUUGAAAAUUGAAGUGAAGAACAUGCUCUGCCAAAUCCUCUACGAUGACUCUAUGAAAUCAAGGGAUUCAUUGUGUUGUGUUUGCUUGGGAGAGUUCGAGUUGAAAGAGGAGUUGCUUCAAGUGCCGGCAUGCAAGCACAUUUUCCACAUGGACUGCAUCCGCCACUGGCUCCAUAACCACUCUACAUGCCCACUCUGUAGAGCCCCCGUUGCGCCCUCCUCCGUUGCUCCCACGCACCAACACCAUAUAACCAUAACAUCUGAGGGAUCAACAAGUAUUGUUGCCUAGUUUGUGAAGUUUCACCUUUAAAAUGAUCUGCAUACAUUAGUAGUAAUAGAUAGUUAAUUGUGUUGUAAUUGCAAAAUCGAAUGCAUGCACAACUCCUACAAAGGUAGUAGUUGUGCAAUUUUGAGAUACGAAAUAAAACUAAUACGGGUUAAUUGCA